CCAGACUCUUUGGAUAGUGACCGCGUCACAGAUACUACAGCCAGCCUAAUAUACACGUCAGUUGUCCCGUUUUUGCUUCUUUCGUGGACCGUGGAUCAAUAUUAUUGUUAAUUUGUCGUUUCACAUUUGUUUCUAGUUUGUUAGAGAUACGCUGUUAGAGAAACGCUGUUAGAUAGCAUAGCGUUUAACAGAAAACGAUCUCGUACGUAACGGUCACAUCUUCUUAUCAAUCAGAUCAACGAAUCAAACAAAUCACCAAUAACUCCAUCACGCAUCGGAUCAGAUCAAAUUGAGGUUUGACAUUUGAGAUCGGACUUUUUUAGCGUUUGAUAACAUUGAAUAUUAUUCAAACCAAAAUCAACCACCACCUCAUUUUAUUCUUUUGAUUCAGUAACUUCGUGUUUCCUGUUUCCCUAACCUUUUCCAGAUAUGGUCUCCUCGUACGACGUCGGAACCCGCUGUUGGUAUCCUGACCAGACGCUCGGCUGGAUUGGUGCCACCGUAAAGUCCAACAAACACAACGGCACCAAACACAUAUUGGAGCUCGAGUCAGAGACCGACUCCUCACAAAUCUUUACUGUCGAAACCGACGACCUUCAUGAAGACAACGACAAGUUACCUCCAUUGCGUAAUCCUCCUAUCUUGGAGGCUGCUGAAGAUCUUACUAGUUUGUCCUAUUUGAACGAACCAGCCGUGUUGCAUGCUAUCAAGUUACGUUAUUCUCAACUUAACAUCUACACCUACUCGGGGAUCGUUUUGAUUGCUACCAAUCCGUUUCAAAGAGUGGACCAAUUGUAUUCGCAGGACAUCGUUCAGGCCUAUUCAGGCAAGAGAAGAGGUGAAUUAGAUCCACAUCUUUUCGCCAUUGCCGAAGAUGCAUACAGAUGUAUGAAAGAUAACGCCGAGAACCAAACUAUCGUAGUAUCAGGUGAAUCGGGGGCCGGAAAGACUGUCAGUGCCAAAUACAUCAUGAGAUAUUUUGCUUCGGUUGAAGAAGAAUCGGAGUUACAGCACAAUAUUGGAACAGAACACAAGUCUGAUAUGUCUGACGUUGAAAAGCAAAUUUUGGCUACAAAUCCAAUUAUGGAAGCGUUUGGUAAUGCUAAAACUACUAGAAACGACAACUCUUCCAGAUUCGGUAAGUAUCUUGAGAUCUUGUUCAACAAAGAAACCUCGAUUAUCGGUGCCAGAAUCAGAACUUACCUCUUAGAAAGAUCGAGAUUGGUCUUCCAGCCGGAAUCAGAGAGAAAUUAUCAUAUCUUCUAUCAAUUGCUUGCUGGUAUGAGCGAAGACGACAAGUCCAAGUUAGGUUUAUCCAGCGCUGAAGACUACAAGUACACAAACCAAGGUGGCCAGCCUGUCAUUCAAGGUAUGGAUGAUAGUGAAGAGUUCAAAAUAACCAAAGACGCCUUGGCCUUGAUUGGAAUUGAUGAUAAUCAGCAAUUUGAAAUCUACAAGAUCUUGGCUGCUCUCUUACAUAUUGGUAACAUCGAAAUAGCGGCUACCAGAAACGAUGCACACUUAUCAUCAGACGAACCCAACUUGGUAAAAGCCUGUGAUUUGCUCGGUAUAGAUCCUAUGAACUUUAGCAAGUGGUGUGUCAAGAGGCAAAUCACCACCAGAUCCGAAAAGAUCAUCUCGAACUUGAACCACAAGCAAGCGAUUGUGGCCAGAGAUUCGUUUGCCAAAUAUAUUUAUGCUGCGUUGUUUGACUGGUUAGUUGACUACGUGAAUAAUGACUUAUGUCCUCCGGAAGUGGAAGCUCAAAUUAAUUCGUUUAUUGGUGUUUUGGAUAUUUAUGGGUUUGAACAUUUUGAAAAGAAUUCCUUUGAACAAUUCUGUAUUAAUUAUGCCAACGAGAAGUUGCAGCAGGAAUUCAACCAACACGUCUUUAAGUUGGAACAAGAAGAAUACAUCAGGGAGCAGAUCGAGUGGUCUUUCAUUGAUUUCUCGGAUAACCAGCCCUGUAUCAACUUGAUCGAAAAUAAGUUGGGUAUCAUGUCUCUUUUGGACGAAGAAUCGAGAUUACCUGCUGGUAAUGACGAGUCGUGGAUCGAGAAAAUGUACCAGACUUUGGACAAAGAGCCCACCAACAAGGUCUUCAAGAAGCCUAGAUUUGGUCAGACCAAGUUCAUUGUGAGCCAUUAUGCUCUUGAUGUCACCUACGACAUCGAUGGGUUCAUUGAAAAGAACAGAGAUACCGUUGGAGAGGGCCAUUUGGAAGUGAUGAAAAACACCCAGAACGAAUUGUUACAGUCUAUCCUUGCUAUCAUCGACAAGAACGCUGCUGCUAUAGAAGCUUCUAAACCUCAACAAGCCAACUCUCGUGUUAAAACAUCUGCUAGCAAGAAACCUACUUUAGGUACCAUGUUCAAAAACUCGUUGAUUGAGUUGAUGAAGACCAUUGAUUCUACCAAUGUACAUUACAUCAGAUGCAUCAAACCUAAUGAACAGAAGAAAGCCUGGGAGUUUGACUCGUUAAUGGUGUUGUCACAAUUGAGAGCCUGUGGUGUUUUGGAGACGAUCAGAAUCUCAUGUGCUGGUUUCCCAUCUCGUUGGACCUAUGUUGAGUUUGCUGACAGAUAUCAUAUCUUGGUUCCUUCUGAAGAGUGGAUCAAGGUUAUGAGUAACAAUACAACCCAAGAGUCUGUCAGUGGAUUGUGUAACCGAAUUCUCGAGGUCAACAUUGAAGACAAGAUGAAGUAUCAAUUGGGUAACACCAAAAUCUUCUUCAAAGCUGGUAUGUUGGCCCAUUUUGAAAAAUUGAGAGCCGACAAAUUACACAAGUCUGCUGUUAUAAUCCAGAAGAACUUGAGGAGACGUUUCUACCAGAAGAAGUACCAGGAAAUCAGAUCUUCUCAUAUCCAGUUACAGGCCUUGGUACGUGGUUAUGUCAAGAGAGAUCAGAUCAAAAAAGAAAUCGAAAACAACGCUGCCGUAUUGCUUCAAACUGCUAUCAGGGGCCAUUUGGUCAGAAAACAGAAGAAACAGACCUUGGAUUCGGUUAUUGUAUUGCAAAAAUCUAUCAGAGGUUUGCAGGCUAGAAGAAACUUCACACAAUUGCGCACUGAGAGAUCGACUCUUAUUCUCCAGAGUGCUUGGAGAGGAUACACUUCCAGAAGAGACUUCACGGCGCAAAAGAAGUCGGCAGUGGUGAUUCAGUCUGCUAUGAGAAGAAAGUUUGCUAUGAGAGACUUGCAGCAGUUGAAGGUUGAAGCUGCUUCCGUGAACAACUUGAAGGAAGUAUCAUACAAGUUGGAGAAUAAGGUGAUUGAAUUGACACAAUCUUUGACCUCCAAGAUUCAAGACAACAAGAAAUUGGUUGAAGAAAUCGCCAGCAUGAAGAGCUUGUUAGAGCAACAAGGAGCUGCUCAUGAGACAUUGAAAACCAGAGAACUUGAAUUCAACGAGAAAUUCUCUUCUCAAAGCGCAGAACACCAAGAAGAGCUUCAGAACUUGAACAAGGAAUUAGAAUCUAUCAAGAAUGAGUACACAUCUGCCGAGCAGAAGAUCGAACAGUUGUCCAAGGAACAAGCUGACUUGAGGCAAGAAGUUCAACGUAACAUUGAAGAAUUGAAUCAGGCCAAGGCUGACUUGGUGAGACGUGAUACUAUUGAAGUAGACUUAAAGAGUCACAUUGAACAAUUGAAAUCCGAACUUGCCACCUUGCAAUCCCAACAACUGCAACCAAGAGCUGUCGUUGGUAUCAAUAAUCCUAAGAGUAGAAACAUGAGCAAGCGCCACAGCAGUGCUAUGGCUUGGAAUUCGCCCAACUCGUUUGAGAAUGGUGGAAGACCAGUUUCUGUCAUUGCUGUUUCUAAUGAUGACGAAACUAACAUCGACGAUAUCAAUGAUGAAUUGUUCAGAUUAUUGAGAGAUUCGAGACAAUUGCACAGAGAAAUUGUUGAAGGAUUGUUGAAGGGAUUGAAGAUUCCGCCAGCUGGAGUUGCUGCCGACUUGACAAGAAAGGAAGUCUUGUUCCCAGCCAGAAUCAUCAUCAUCAUCUUGUCCGAUAUGUGGAGAUUGGGCUUAACCAAGGAAAGCGAAGAAUUCUUAGGUGAAGUAUUGUCUUCUAUCCAGCAUAUUGUGUCUACCUUGAAGGAUGACGAUGUGAUUCCAAAUGGUGCAUUCUGGUUAUCGAACACUCACGAAUUGUAUUCCUUUGUCUCGUAUGCUCAACAGACUAUUAUUGCCAAUGAUACUUUGUCACAUGAGAUGAGCGAAGAGGAGUUCGAUGAAUACUUGAAGCUCGUUGCUGUGGUUAAAGAAGACUUCGAAUCGCUUUCCUACAACAUCUACAAUAUGUGGAUGAAGAAAAUGGAAAAGGAUUUGGAAAAGAAGGCUGUUUCUGCUGUAGUCUUGUCGCAGUCAUUGCCGGGCUUCAUGGCUCCAGAGAACUCUCCAUUUUUGGCCAAGGUUUUCUCUCCUGGUGUGCAAUACAAAAUGGACGACAUCUUGAGUUUCUUCAACGCGGUCUACUGGUCGAUGAAGUCUUACUUCAUUGAACACGAAGUGAUGAAUGAAGUCAUCAUCGAAUUAUUGAGAUUCGUAGAUGCGUUGUGUUUCAACGAUUUGAUCAUGAGAAGAAACUUCUUAUCCUGGAAGAGAGGUUUGCAAUUGAAUUACAACGUGACCAGGUUGGAAGAAUGGUGUAAAGGCCAUGAAAUCCAGGAAGGUUCUGCUUACUUGAGUCACUUGUUACAGGCUGCCAAGUUGUUGCAAUUAAGAAAGAAUACCCCAGACGAUAUAGACAUCAUCUAUGAAAUCUGUUAUGCCUUGAAGCCUAUUCAGAUCCAGAAGUUGAUUUCUCAGUACUACGUCGCAGACUACGAGACCCCAAUUGCUCCAAAUGUGCUACAGGCUGUUGCUGACAAGGUCAAGGCUAACGAUUCAUCAAACGGUGACGACUUGUUUGAAUUGGUUGCUACCGAUGGUCAUUUCAAUGAUCCAUUCAGAACCAUCAACUUGAGACCUUUCUCUAGAGUGGAAGCAUACGUUCCAGCUUGGUUGAACUUGCCAGUUAUCAGAAGAAUCGUGGAAUUGGUAGCCAAGAAUGCAUCGGUUCAAGAAGCCGCCAAUAUUCAGGAAGAAGACGAAGAAGAACCCAUAGUUCCACGUAUUCAAAACGGUACCCGAGUGCAUUAACUGUAGCUCAUAAUUCCCUCGUCUGUGUAUAAAUAGUAACCUAUAUAUGUUUAUUAAUUGAUAGUAUUAUAUAAUAUGGCCCUAGAUCGCAAAUUAAUAAUCUUUAUUCU